UUCUAAAGUUCUAGAAGAAAGUACCUAUUUUUCCCCACCUGCUGAAUUCACUUCAUACUGUCAAAAGGCAGCGAAAAUGAAAAGUUUUUAUUUCGUGGCCGGAUUGUUCGUGAUGCUAGUUCAAGGCAGCUGGCAACGUUCCCUUCAAGACACAGAAGAGAGAGCCAGAUCACUUACAGCUUCCCAGAUGGAACCACUAGAUGACGUGAAUCAGAAGACUGAAGAGAAACGUCACUCACAGGGCACUUUCACCAGUGACUACAGCAAGCAUUUGGAUGCCAUUCGAGCGAAACAGUUUGUGGAUUGGUUGAUGAAUUAUAAAAGAGGCGGUGGUCCGAUUACCAAACGUCAUGAUGAAUUUGCAAGACACUCUGAAGGGACUUUCACCAAUGAUGUCACCCGUCUCUUGGAAGAAAAAGCCACCAGUGAAUUCAUUGCUUGGCUACUGAAAGGACUUGAAAAGAGAACCUCCCGAGAGAUAGCAGAGAGUGAAGAGCUUUGGCGAAGACAUGCCGAUGGCACAUUCUCCCAUGAGCUGAGUGGCGUUCUGGAUCAGCUCGCUACCAAGGAUUUUUUAAAUUGGCUGCUUCUGCCCGAAGUUGAGGAGAGGAAAUAAAUGUAUAAUUAUUCAAGAUCAUCUCCACUCCAUCACCUGCUGGCUACUUGGGACGUAUGAAAAUUUGUGUUUUGUAAAUUUAAGGAGUUUAUCCUAAAGCCAUAUUGCUUUGCAUGCCAAGAAAUGACUUUCUCUAGUGUUGUCUCUGGAAUAAACAAUUGUCAAAGGACAACUAAAGUAACAGUUUUAAAAAUACGAAAGUGCCAGAUCUUCAUAUUUUCCAUUUAUUUAGGAAAACAAUCUGUUUACAUUUAGCAAUGAAAUUAUUUUUCUAUGAAAUUAAUUUGUACAUAUAAAUGAUUCCAAUCACCAAAUAUCUGCAUUAGUAAUGACAGUAGUAGGAAGGGGCUAGUUACCACAAUGGUGAGUUUAAAAAAAAUCCUCCUUGAAACUUUUGUCAUAAAAAUGCUCCGCUUUCAGGAUAACAAAUAGUAGCCUUAAAUAAAUUUUUUCAAGCUUC